UCUAAAUCGACAACAACAACAACAAAAAAAACGAAUAAUAAUGAUCAAUAAAAUGUUUGAAAUGUUAAUCAUAAUAUUAUCGUUGUUUAUCAACGAAUUAUCAUUAAUACAAUCAUUAGAAUUACGUGCCAAUUGUGGUUUUCCUGGUAAACCAUAUCGGUCAAAAAUUAUACCUGAAGAAAAAUCUGUAUAUGAAGAAGGUGAAACAGUAUCAUUUCAAUGUAGUGAUUAUUGGUCACCACCACAGAUGCGUAAAUGUGUCAAUGGUGUAUGGGUUGGACCACCAGCACGUUGUGGUGAUUUUUUGAAUAAUGUCGUAUUGAAUGAUGCUAAAUUGUUGGACAUGUCAUUUGGAUUACCGAUUGAAAAAUUUCAUUAUCGUAAUAUAAAUCUAACAAAAAUGGAGAAACAUCUUCCAAAUUCAUUUUUAGCACAACGAUAUCCUGAUCACAAAUUACGUGUGACCAAUGAUCAUGAAUUUAUGUGGAAAUUAAAUUUCACUAGACCAGCAGUGAAAUUAUUUGUUCGUGUUAAUUUUAAUUUCAUCAAUUUCACAUUAUUAGAUCAGGCGAUCAAGAAUAAUUUUUCAUUCUAUAUUGAUGUCGAAAUCAGUCCAUAUAGAACAUGUAAUUUGGAUUAUCAAAACAGUAAUGCAUGGCGUGAUAAUGGUAAUCGUAUUGAUUCAUAUUUCACUUGUGAAGCACAUUCCUAUCAAGAUCUUGAACGUGAUCUAGAUACUCCAAAUAAUUAUAUGAUAAUGCGCACAAAAAGUUCACAUAAUCUUCCACAUGAACUGGCCGCAAUAUUUUUCGGUAGUGUUUAUGGCAAUGAAAGUGAUCCAAUAUGCGGUGAACCAGAAACAGAUUUUGGUCAAACUUAUCGUGUGCGGCAAGAAUAUCGUAAUUACAUUAUUGAUUGUUUGGACAAUCAAUGGAAAGAUGUAACACCGAAUAAAUAUAAAAAUUUUGUCAAUCAUCAAAAAUGUAUUGGUGAUAUGAUUUGGAAUGGAACAAAACCACGUUGUACACCGAUACGUAAUUGUCCUAUAGAGAAAAUAAUGAAAAAUAAUCGUCGAAAUUUCAAUGAAAAUGAUACGGAAAAAGAUCCAUUAGUUGUCGAUGCUAUAUUAGGAUAUUAUAAUUUCAUUGAAAAUCAAACUAUUUACGCUAUUGAUGGUACAGAAAUUGUUUAUGCAUGUGCAUCGGUCGAUUAUAUAUUGGUUGGUAAGGAUACACGCACUUGUAAACGUGAUAUGACAUGGUCCGGUACGGAACCGGUUUGUAAAUAUAUAAAACCAACAAAUGAAAUUGUUGAAUCACCAAAUUAUCUGAUCGUAAUCAUCAUCUGUAUGGGAACAUUAUUGUUUCUAAUUUUAUUUGCAUCAUUCCUGUUAUUUUUAUUCUAUACAAAACAUAUAAAAAUUACUAAAAAAAGCGACAAAUCUAGUAAUGGUGAUGAAUCCACACAUAAUGAAUGGCAAGGUGAAAAUUAUUAUGAUAAUAUUGAAAUGAAUUUCAAUCAAACUGGAUUGGGUGCAUUGGGUUUAAAUAUUGUUGGUGGUGGUGGUGGCGGUGGUGGUGGCGUUGGUGGUGGUAGUAAUACCGGUAUUAGUGGUGGUAAAUCGAAUGAUGUUUUUUAUGAUAUUUAUGAAACAGUCGAUAGUAAUAAAGGUGAUAAUAGUAAUAAUAAUAAUAACACUGCUACCAAUCUAAUACGUUAUGCUGAACCGAAUCAAUAUUUUUAUGGUACUGAACAAUCAUUAUUGAAUCAUAAUUUAAAUAAUAUGAAUAAUUUGAAUAAUCAAAAAGAAAAUGACUAUAUUCGUAUGUAUGGAUCUGGAUUAAAAGUACAUGAAACUGGUAUUGUAACGCCAAUCACUGCUAGUAAUACGCCAAUCACAUCUAAUAUUAAUAAUAGUAAUAAUAAUAAUGGAUCAAAUACAACCAAUACACCGAUAACAUCAUCAACAACAACAUCACCGAAUACGGGCAUUAUCAUCAGUGGUGGCGGUGGUGGUAGUGGUGGCGGCGGCGGUGGUGUUGGUGCUGGUGGCGGUGUUAAUAAUGGUAAUUCAACACCAUCAUCAAUACAUCAUUCAUCAUCGAUUCGAUCAUCGAAACAGAUGAAAAAUCGUGAACCAUCUUAUUUGGAAGUGAUGCAAUGAACAAGAAAACAAAAUCAAGAGAUAUGAGCAAAAACACAAUCUUUAAACACAAACAGAAAAAUAGGACACCAAUCAACCAACCAACCAACCAACACAAACACACACACACACACACAUGAAUCAUUUAACCCAAAAUUUAUGAAUUAUCAAGCAAGACACAAAGUGAAAAAUUCUGUAAAGAUUUCUUUAUUUAUGCAAAAAAUAUUGUCUGGUUUUUUUUCACUCAAAAAUAUUUGAAUAGUUGAAAUUUUUUUUUGUUUUCGGUGGUCAUUUUUUUUGUCUUGU